AUGGCCAUGGGGUCCACUUUCCGGCACUCCUGGGUGGACUUGGCGGCCACCCCAAAGCCCUGGGGGGGGUGGAACUUCAUGCGCGAUGCCGAGGAGAUCGCCUGCAGCCGGCGCAUGAACAGCCUGACGCUGAACCGGCACACGGAGAUCCUGGAGAUCCUGGAGAUCCCGCAGCUCAUGGACACCUGCGUCCGCAACGGCUACUACGAGGAGGCGCUGGAGCUCGCUGCCUACGUGCGCCGGCUGGAGAGGAAGCACAGCAGCAUCCCCGUGAUCCAGGGCAUCGUGGACGAGGUGCGCCAGUCCGCCCAGCUGAUGCUGAACCAGCUCAUCCAGCAGCUCCGCACCAACAUCCAGCUGCCGGCCUGCCUGCGGGUCAUCGGCUACCUGCGGCGCAUGGACGUCUUCACGGAGGCCGAGCUGCGCAUCAAGUUCCUGCAGGCGCGGGAUGCCUGGCUGCGCUCCAUCCAGGCCUCCAUCCCCGACGACGACCCCUACUUCCACAUCACCAAGACCAUCGAGGCCUGCCGCGUCCACCUCUUCGACAUCGUCACCCAGUAUCGCGCCAUCUUCUCCGACGAGGAGCCGCUCCUGCCCCCCGAGGGGCAGGCCCUCAACGAGGGGGCCAUCUUCCACGGCUGGGUGCUGCAGAAGGUCUCCGAGUUCCUGCGGACGCUGGAGCGCGAUCUCCGGCGCGGGGUGGGCGGCCGCCUGGACUCGCUGCUGGGGCAGUGCAUGUACUUCGGCCUCUCCUUCAGCAGGGUGGGGGCCGAUUUCCGCGGGCAGCUGGCCCCCCUCUUCCAGCGCGUGGCUGCCGCCGCUUUCGGGAAGGCGGUGGAGGAGGCGGUGGAGAAGUUUCGGGAGGAGAUGAAUUCCUACACGCUCAUCUCUGCCCCGGCCGUCCUGGGGGGCGGCGCGGGGGUGCCGGUGCCCGCGGCCCAGCCGGGGACGCUGCAGCCGCCCAUGGUGCUGCUGGACUUCCCGCCCCUCGCCUGCUUCCUCAACGGCCUCCUCGUCGCCUUCAACGACCUGCGGCUCUGCUGCCCCGUCGCCCUGGCCCAGGACGUCACUGCCUGCCUGGAGGACGCGCUCGGCGAGGUGACCAAAACCAUCCUGGCCUUCCACCGUGCGGAGGAGGCGGCUUUCAGCGGGCGGGAGCAGGAGCUCUUUGCCCAGUUCUGCGCGGCCUUCCUGGAAGACCUGCUGCCCUACCUGAAGCGCUGCCUCCAGGUCCUC